GACAGCUACAACACCACAACUGUCCUCUGUGCAGGCAGAACGAUGCAUUUCCUCAAGUUCCUGACGCUUGCUGCGCUCUCCAUAACCUCCGUCAGCGCCAAAAAGGCCUCCUCGACGAAAUUCGACACAUACUUCGCAAAACAAGCCAGCUCGGCUCCAUUCGAAAUUGACGAGAAGGGGUACAAUGAGCUGACAACAGCACCUCGCGACUACUCCCUAGCUGUCCUUCUCACAGCUCGAGACGCAAGAUACGCAUGCGGUCUCUGCAAAGAAUUCGACCCGGAGUGGAAGCUCCUCGGUCGAAGCUGGCAGAAAGGAGACAAGAACGGAGAACACAGAGUGCUUUUGAGCACAGUUGACUUUGACAAUGGCAGAAACGUCUUCAUGAGACUUCAACUCCAAACGGCCCCCGUCCUCCUGCUCUUCCCUCCUACUGUCGGCGAGCAUGCCAAACCUGAUGCUCAGCCCUCACGACUCGACUUCAUUGGACCUCAAACCGCGGAAGGCGUCCACAGCUGGCUACUGCGGCAUCUUCCUCCUGGUGGAAGCUACCCUACAGUAAGCCGACCGAUCAACUAUGGAAAGAUCGCAGUGACAGUGACUCUGCUCCUUGGAGCCUUUACUUUCCUUACUGUGGCGUAUCCCUACGUGCUUCCUGUCAUACAAAAUCGCAACCUGUGGGCCGGCAUCAGCUUGAUCUUGAUUCUACUGUUCACUAGUGGCCAUAUGUUCAACCACAUCCGAAGAGUACCAUAUGUUGCAGGCAAUGGUCGCGGUGGAAUCAGCUAUUUCGCAGGAGGGUUCCAGAACCAGUUUGGCAUGGAGACCCAAAUCGUUGCCGCAAUGUAUGCACUGCUUGCCUUCGCUUCGAUCAAUUUGGCCCUACGAGUUUCGCGGAUCAAAGAUGCCCGCACACAGCAGGUUGCUGUGAUCAUCUGGGCAACAGUCGUCUUCGGAAUGUACAGCUUCUUGAUGAGUGUCUUCAGAAUCAAGAACGGUGGAUAUCCCUUCUGGCUGCCACCUUUUUAAACUUUGCCAGUUUGCCAGGCUGUUUGGGAUGAUGACCCAUGUAUUGUAAAAAAUAACCGGCAUACAAAAGGCGAGGGAUUGCAGGUAGUCCGCUUAGGGACUGGUCAAUAGAAUGCUUAUGUACCACGAAAUUGGAAGUGGGCUGCUCAUGAUCAACAUCUCCCGAUUUUGACUGUUUACUUCUUCCUAUGCUGCAUUCUUUGAGGGUUCCAAUUUCAACACAGCUACGAGUGUUGCCAUGUCAAACACCAACCUGUGUCGCGAAGCUCUGACUGGCCUUUGACAGCUACUGAUGCCUUCAGAAACCAGAAGUCCUUCGACCUGUAUGUAGUUUCGGGCUCGUAUUGUUAUCUCGAGGGAGAGGACAACAGAGUG